AAAUUGUUGCAAAUGCGCAAGACUUAAUAAUGCGUCAUGACAAUAGUGAGCAAGACAAUAGCGCACUAAGUUGCAGUAGUCCACAACGCAACAAUAAUAUUGUUAAAUUGCCAACUAUACAGCUACCUAAGUUUAGUGGUUCAUAUAAUAAUUGGCUUGAGUUUAGAGACACUUUUUGUAGCUUAAUACACUCGAACGAUAGUAUAGAUAAUAUAAAUAAGUUUCAUUAUCUUCGCGCGUCGCUCGAAGGGACAGCCGCUGUGGUUAUUCAAUCUAUUGAAUUUUCAGCCGGUAAUUACUUAAUUGCUUGGAAUUUAUUAUGCGACCGGUUUGAUAACAAAAGGUUAUUGAUACAGAAUCAUGUUGCUGCAAUAUUUAACAUCGAGACAAUUACAAAAGAGUCGAAUUAUAUUUUAAAACGUACAAUUGAUACGAUAAAUAAAAAUAUAAGGGCUUUAGAAUCGUUAGGAGAACCUGUAAGUUACUGGGAUACGUUAUUAAUAUACAUAAUUAGUCAUAAAUUAGAUUCAAAAACGUAUCGUGAGUGGGAGGAAUAUAAAGAUCUGAAGUAUAAGCCAACAACUAAUGUAUGUUCUAACACUGAGGACCGCUCCGCACUUUCUCCCGCAAACCCGACACAAGGCAGUGACGAGCCCUCUGGUAAUGUCACGUUGUCUGCUCAACUUUCAACCUACUUGCCCAACAGAACGCAGCAAAAAGUCGAGUGGCACCUAUAAAGCCCACCACGAUCCCGAGACUCGAGCUGUGCGCUGCGCUCGUCGGAGUGCGCCUUUACGAAAAGGUGUUACGUUCUCUACGAGUGCAAGUAAGAUCAGUAACUUUUUGGACAGACUCCACAAUCGUAUUAGGCUGGUUAAAAAUGUUGCCAAGUAAAUUACAACCGUUUGUGCGUAACCGCGCAGCCGAGAUAUUAGAUAAAACUAGCUCACACGUUUGGCGUCAUGUUCCUACUGAAUUGAACCCGGCAGAUUAUGUCUCACGCGGUGUCACUAUUGAAAAGAUACGCGAUCUCGACAUGUGGUGGUCAGGCCCUCAGUUUCUGAAGAAUGAUAUUUCUUCUUGGCCAAAAAAUGUUACGGCAAAUGAGCGUUUACCUGAAACGCGUACUGAAAUUACUUUAAUUAAUAAUAACUCUAAUAGAUCUUUAAUCAAUUUCGAACGUUUUUCUAACUUUGUAAGAUUAC